AUGUGUGAUUUAACAUUCGUUUUUGUCUAUUGGUUGCUAACCGCCCCAGUGGCCCAAUGGAUACGGCAUCGGCCUCCUAAGCCGGGGAUUGUGGGUUCGAGUCCCAUCUGGGGUAAAGAUUUUUUUGCUGUUUGUGGUCUAGCAGCUGCUGGUCACUAUCAUCAUGAUGUUGGUCAGGGAGGACAUGGUCAUGAUGGUGGUGUGGCCGUACAUUAUUCUGUGGUAACAGAACAUAAGGCAGAUCAUCAUGGUCAUGAAGCUGGUGGCCAUGAUGCUGGUCAUGCUAGUGUACAUACUUGGGGACAAGAUGAUGGUGGUCACGAAGACGAUCAUUUUGAUGGCGGUUAUGUAGCAGAACAAUAUGCUGGCCAUGAUGACGGCCACUAUUUUGAAGGUCAUGAUGCAGGACAUUAUAGUGGCCAUGAUGGCGGUCAUGAUGAUGGCCACGAUCAUCAUGCUUAUCCUAAAUAUGAAUUUUCUUAUGGUGUUAAAGAUUCUAAAACUGGUGACAUUAAAAGCCAAUCGGAAACCAGAGACGGCAGCAAUGUUAAAGGCAGCUACACCGUUAAAGAAGCUGAUGGCACUACACGACAUGUAGAGUAUUCUGCUGACAAACACAAGGGUUUCAAUGCUGUUGUCCAUACUUUGGGCAAAGCUCACUCCGGCCAUGAUGCUAAGUACACUCAUGUUGGAGAUGAUCAUGGAUAUGUUCAUGGCAAAGCUAGCAGUUAUGUUAUUGUUAAGAAGCAUGAAGAAAAGAAACAUUAA